GGUAUCAGGUGAACAAGUCUUCUUGUUGUCUGUCUUCUUGUUGUCUGAAGAGACAACGGAUAAUCUAUUACUCGAGUUUCAUUCAUCAAUGGCGUCGGGGUGGGGAAUAACGGGGAACAAAGGGAGAUGUUACGAUUUCUGGAUGGAUUUCAGCGAGUGUAUGUCUAAUUGCAGAGAGCCCAAGGAUUGUUCUCUUCUUCGUGAAGACUACCUCGAGUGUCUUCACCAUUCCAAAGAGUUCCAAAGAAGAAACAGGAUAUACAAAGAGGAACAACGUAAACUAAGAGCAGCUUCUAGGAAAGGCCAAGAUACCGGCACUGAUGCCACUCAUCACUAGUCAUCACUAGUCGUGAAGUUAAGCCAAGUUUUCAUCUUUCGUAAACGGGAAGAAGAAGAAUAAUGAAAAGUUUCGUGAAGAUUCUCUGUAUGUUGUGUGUCAAAACUCCUUUUGAUUGUUUUCACUUUGCUUCUGCAACUGCAAUGAAUGAUUAUUCUGUCUUUUUUACCUUCUCUAUUUUACAUUUUAACUGAGUUGUAAUAUCCCAUUUGGUUGUUUAUCAAUCAGAUCAGACUUCUUUGAUGGUAAUAAUUUUCUCUUUAAAA